GCUGCCUACUGUAUAUAGAAAAGAACCAGCUGAUUUGUGCUUAAUUUCAGAGAGCCGAUUCUCUAAAGUGCGCAAUUGAAAACUAGCUGAUUAACUUAUAUUUAAUCAGUCGUCUGCCGGUCGUUUUCCACUGCAGUUCGAGAACGAAUCAAUAGGAUGGCCAUGAAAUCUCUGGGAAUGAUUUCGUUGCUGAUGUUUUUCCUGAGCAGCUGCCUUGUUUGUGGCCAAAACCCGGAUCCAGCUGUACAGCUUGCUUGCGACAAAUUUAAACAGGUGGUUUUUGAGAAGCGCGUGGCCAUCGGCUUCUUUAUCGAGGAUGCUCCGAUUACCUAUUCAACCGUUGACAGUUGUCACGGCUCAAGACCCCUAAUUGUGGAUGGUACUCCGGCGGAACCCAAAGAAUUUGCCCAUGCAGCUCGCCUGGGGCAUCGUAAAGCCAACAACGAAACAAGAUGGUUCUGUGGCGGAACCUUGAUAAGCAAUCGUCUGGUACUUACUGCGGCUCACUGCCUUUUUUCCGAACACGGAGCGGUCAAUGUUGUGCGUUUGGGGGAGCUGGUCUUUGAUACCGACAAGGAUGAUGCAGAGCCGGAGGACUUCGGCGUGCUAGCUCUCAAGCCACAUCCGGAAUAUAAACACAGCGAAUUCUACAAUGAUAUAGCCAUAAUUAAACUGGAUCGAGAGGUCAAGUUCAACGGAUACAAACAUCCUGCCUGCUUGCCAUUCGACGACGGUGAGCAGCACGAAAAUUUCAUCGCCAUCGGCUGGGGCCAGCAGAAGUUUGCCGAGGCGGAGUCCAAGAAGCUGCUGAAGGUUCAGCUCCAGGGCUAUGGAAAUCAGUGUUCGACUAGUAUCGAUCCGAAUGAUGAACUGCCCCAUGGCUACGAGGCUAGGACCCAGCUGUGCAUUGGAUCGCCGGACAACAAGGACACCUGCAACGGCGACUCCGGGGGUCCAGUGCUGGCCUACCACAAGACACUUCCCUGCAUGUACCACGUUAUGGGCAUCACCUCGUUCAGCAUUGCGUGUUCCACGCCCGAUAUUCCAAGUCCCUACACCAGGGUGCACUACUACCUCAACUGGAUUAAGAACGAACUGGCCAAUCAGACAUAAAGUGACUUAUAAUUAAAAUUCUUGAAUGGGUUCUCAGAAAUCCACAAACAUUCAAGAUAUUACUUAAAAAUGUAAAUCCACCAGGCU